AUGCAUAUAAUUUAUAAUGUUGUAUUUAUUAUAUUAAUUUUACCUUACCUCAUAACAUCCAGAAGACAUACUUUUAUUGUAACUAAAAUUCAUAGUGAUCAAACUUUUUACUAUUUAUUUAGUGGAAAAAAAUAUAAUAGUAUUAAUGAAGUUGUAAAAAAAAUUAAAAAUAAGCAUUCAAAUUUAGUAUUUGUUGGUGCUAAAAAAAGUAAAUCUAAAAAAAAUAUUAAUAAGAAAAAAAAACAAAUUAUUAAGAAUAAAGGUAAAAAACUAAAAGUUACUAAAUCUCCAAUAACAACAAUUAAUCCAAAUUCUGUACUCAUCAAAACAAAUAUAUCUAAUGCUGAUUAUAAUCAACUUAUUAAAAAGUUCUACCAGGAUACAAAUAACUAUCGUAAGAAACAUCAAGUUCCAACACUUAAAAUAAAUCCAUUUAUUCAAGUAUUUGCAAAAAUGUGUGCCCAUAGACUGGCUAAACAAGAUACAUUAAAAAAUGAUACAGAUAAAAAAUAUGGAGAAAAUAUUUAUUUCUCGGAAGGUUCUGCUGUGGAUGCUGUUAAUAAAUGGUAUAAUGAAAUUAAAAAAUAUGAUUAUAAUAAACCUGAAGCAUUCUCACAAGCUCGUCACUUUACUGCUUUAGUUUGGAAAUCAACAACUGAAAUGGGAUGUGGUUUAGCUCAAGGUACACAAAAAAACCGUUUUUAUGUUUGUUGCAAAUAUGCUAAACCAGGAAAUGUUAUUGGAGAAUUUAAGGAAAAUGUUUUGCCACCAAAAUAUUAA